AUGGUCCUCCUCGUCACAACGCCCACCAUCGUCGCGGCCCUGCAGGACCUCUCACCAUCAGCCCGCGAUGAGCUGCAGCUGCCUCAACCACCGCCAGAAAUCGGGUCGCCGAUUUCUCAUGAGAACGUGCUCGCGCUUGCUCGAGCGCUCUCAUCACAUACAGAACCUACAACGUCGCCCUCAUACACAUUGAACACUCUCCUCCGCGGAACAGAAGUCUACAUCCCCCCUGCUCCAGCGAAACCAGAACCUACCCCCGAAUAUCUCGCCCUCAAAGCACGCCUGCAAACCCUCGCUGACGAACAAGCCUACAACCGACUCCUCUCCCCUCCCCGCGCCAACACCUACGCGCCUUCGCCUGUCUUCGCUCCCUCCACAGAAGAGCUAUUACAUCAAGCUGAAGAAGCUGCCGACAAUGACCCGCUCAGCCCAUCGCUCGUCCUCAACAUCUUCAUGUCGGUCUUGCUCUGCGGCUUCGCGACGUUCUGGGCAUUGAAGAACUUCCAAACGCCGUCCUUCUUCCGAUUUGGCCACAACAACAAACCAGUUGCGGGGACGACGACGCAGGUUGGUCCGAAUUCGAAGGAGCCCGUGUUUGUGCUUAUCUCGUUGUUUGUUGGCCUGGUGGUUGGCGUCGCCGAGGUUGCAGUUUAUGCGGCGUAUUGGCGGAAAGUGAGGGAGGCGAAGGCCAAGGAGAAGGGGAUUAAGGAGAGGAAGGAAAUUAUCCAGCCGACAGAAGAUAGUCAGGAUGGUCCUGUGGACCGGGGGGAUGGGGAGAAAGAGGAGAUUUGGGGGAAGGGGGUAAAUGGUGGGGUACGCAGGAGAGUCAGAGAGCGGUGGGAA